UAUAAAAGCUCCCGCAUCCUCCUCUGCCUCUGACACUCUCUGUUUGAAUGAUACAGUGUCUUCUCCUCUCCUCCUCCUGUGUUUUCUCGGAAACAUUUUCCUGCAGAAGAAAUUCAAAUUCUCGUCUAUGGUUCUGACUCAAGCUUCCAAAAUGUCCCGGACCGAAGAGGUGCACCGUAUAACGGAGAACGUCUAUAAGUCCAUCAUGGAGCAGUUCAACCCUUGCUUAAGGAACUUUGUCGCCAUGGGGAAGACUUACGAGAAGGCCCUCUCCAGUGUGACAUUUGCAGCAAAAGGCUACUUCGACGCACUGGUGCGGAUGGGAGAGCUGGCCAGCGAGAGUCACGGCUCUAAGGAUCUUGAAGAGGCAGCAUGGGAUGUGCUUUUUCAGAUGGCGGAGGUUCACCGACAGAUCCAGAUGCAGCUAGAGGACAUGCUGAAAUCAUUCCACAAUGAACUGCUCACAGAACUGGAAAAAAAAGUGGAAUUGGAUGUUCGCUACUUAAAUGCAGCUCUGAAGAAAUAUCAGAUGGAACACAAAAGCAAAGGAGAGAGUCUGGAGAAGUGCCAGGCCGAACUGAAGAAACUGCGCAGGAAGAGUCAGGGCAGCAAGAACCCCUCCAAAUAUGGAGACAAGGAGAUGCAGUACGUCGAGACCAUCAGCAGCAAACAAAAUGAGCUGGAUAACUACAUCGCUGAGAGCUACAAGAAUGCCCUGUCCGAAGAGAGACGGAGGUAUUGCUUCCUUGUUGACCGUCAGUGUGCAGUGGCCAAAACGAGCAACACCUACUACACCAAGGGCAGAGACUUGCUGACGCAAAAGAUACCAUUGUGGCAACAAGCAUGUGCCGACCCAAAUAAACUCCCAGAGCGGGCGAUGCUUCUGGCUCAGCAAAUGGGCUCAGGAGUGACAGGGACGCUGGGUCCCAGUGUCCACCACACCUCUAAAUCUAGCCUGACCAUCUCAGACCCCAUCCCUGGGGCCAAGCCACUUCCUGUGCCCCCUGAGCUCGCAGUUCUCAUGGGGAACCAACAGAUGAGGAUGAUGGGAGCAGAUAGUGUUCCCAUGGUGAAUGGCUCAGGGGUCCAUGGCGGAGAAGACUACCAACGCUGGAUGGAGACCAGAGCCGCACAUGAGAAACCAGCCCACAGACACGGCGUAGAGACCUUCUCCAACACCCUGCCUGUCCGCAAGGUUGCGCCUGUAAAGCCCAAGAACACUCUGGCAGAGACACAAACCCUACCCAGGUCAAGCUCGAUGGCAGCUGGGCUGGAGAGAAAUGGACGGACACGCGUUCAGGCCCUCUUCUCCCAUGCCGCCGGGGACAACAGCACACUCCUCAGCUUUACGGAAGGAGACAUCAUCACACUGUUAGUGCCUGAAGCCCGGGACGGCUGGCACUACGGUGAAAACGAGAAAAACAGAAUGAGAGGCUGGUUCCCGUUCUCCUAUACCCGCAUGAUUCCUGAACCAGACAGCAAUAAACUCCAUGUUAGUUUGCAGCAUAGCAGGAGCAGCAGCACAGGAAAUCUUCUGGAGAGAGACAUGGUUUUGCCAACACCUGAUUACGGCAUGCCCACACGCUUCCUAACCCAGCAGCAGAGCACACCACACAGCCGACAGAGACCAUACAGCAUGGCAAUGCCAGGAUUCUCACAACAAGGGUUGGAGGAGUACCAGCCUCGAUUCCAAACGAGCCGGAGCAGACGAACAUAGCUGAUGUUUCUGAAGGUCUAGCCCAAACAUAAGUGCGGAGGGCAAAUUGAUUUCGACAGUGUGAGAGGACAGACAAACACACAGACACCACCCUCCCCUCCGUCCACACACACUCCCCUGUCUUCCUUCAUCUCUCAACAAUCCAUUCCCCUUCACUCCACCCUCAGAGGAAGAGGAUCUAGAUCCACCCUUCCCACCUUCUAUUUCCCUUAUUUUAUCCCAGUUGGAAGCAGCCUAACGGAACCGGAAUACUGAGUAUUCCAUGUUGACCUUCCUCAUUAUACGCUUCUAUCAUGAGGAUGUUGAACUUGCUUCAGUAAACAUGUUGAAUUGUUUAUAUGUAUCUCUUGCCUGUCUUUCAUGCAUGUACAUGUCAGCAAUGUUUAAACUAAAUGCAUAACUUUUGCCAUCCAGGGGUCCACGUAUUUAAAGGAAUAGUUUACAAGAAAAUUACAAUUCUGUUGUUUACAUCAUUUUAUUAUAUUAUUUUCUUCUACGGGACACAAAUACUUAUUUAUAUUAUGAUACCUAAGCAGUUUUUUUUUUCAGUGUUUUUACAUUUCAUUGCUUAUAUUGCUGAUGUAAAGGGCCUCCAUGAUCUCAUAUCUCAUCUGGAGUCAAUGAAGUAUCUAAAUGCGUCAAGUGUUGUAGAUUCUGAUGUGCAGUACAUUUGACCUUCCCUGUGUCUCAAGUGAAGAUUGAAUUGAAACAAAUUCUUUAAAUAUAAAUGACAAAAAUCGGUUGUUUCUGGAAUUCAUGGUUCAUGCAUGAAAGAAAAGACAACUGGUACCUACCUACAUAUCCAUGUCUCAUCACCAACCACGCAUAAAGGUACAAGCAGUGAGAAGCUGUGUGUUAGUGAUUUCACCACAGAUAAGAGGUAUAACCCUUCUAACCAUGGUAAAUCACCGUAACACAUGGCAACAGGUGACUCAUUGCUUGUAUAAAUAAAAGCAGAAAGAAAUGAACAAUAUAGUUUUAGUCUAGGGCCAGUUACGGUUGCCAAGCAACGUCUCAACUUUAUUAAUGUAGAAUAAAAUCCAUCAGAUUUUAGAAUCUGAACUAUCCAUUUUUUUCUUUUCUGCACUGAUGUUUGUGUUGCGGUCAUUGCAGCGAUACAUCCAUAAUCAUGAUGUGCCAAGUCUUAAUAUAAUCCAUGUGAUCCAGUGCCUUGUACAUAGCACAUAAUAUUUGUAAAUACUAUAACUUUAAAUCGAAUGUAGAAUUGUAAUCGUAUUUCUGAUUUUUUUUUUUUGACAUGGAUACAUUGUUUGAUUUGGUUCAACAAGAUCACUGUGGAUCCCUGUACAGCUUUUUGAUUCUAAACAUAUGUAAAAACAGCAAUAACCAACUUUGAUACCAUCCUUUUUUGUUUAGUAUCAAUUUGAUCAUUAUCUUCUAUGCUUACGAUACACUUACACACCACUUGUGUGAGUUUUUUAGCCUUUUUCACAGGAGUGAAAGCUGAAGUCUUUUAGUUCCAGUGUUGUAAUGAAAGGGAACUGAUUAAAUGCUUUGAAAUUGCCUUUUUCAUAGAAGCAAAAUGCUUAUGAUUAAGCUAUAAAAGAGACAACGUUUCUCUGAUGUGAUAGAAACAUUGCUUGUCUGCUCUAGUAAUUGUUUAAAGGUGCGCUGCUUUACAUUUUCUCUGUAUUGUACUUGAAAAGUCGAUUUGUUGUACAUGAAGGUGAUGCACAAUUAAAUAAAAAGCACCUUCAUUAUUACCACAAAGUAUGCGUGAAGACGACAGAUUUUACACUUUUACUUUUCUCCUGCUUUCCUGCACUAAAGACCCUGCCAGGUUCUUUGUGUCUGUGUCUCCUCCUGAUAUUCCCCCCCCCCCCAUCUUUGUCUUUUUCUGUGUGUAACUAAACCAACGUCUUGCUGUAGAUCUGCCAACACUCUUCAUCUCUGUUUUGAUGAAUUUAGAAACAAAAGCAGUAAGGUGUCAAGGACUGGAAGCCAGUGCCAGUGUUUCUUCUUUCUGCACUAGAGUAAAGGCCAUGGUACAGCCGCCACGCUAAGAGAGAACUCCACCUCUGUCAUGAUAUUUAUAUAUGUCCUUUUCUUCUGGAAUGCCCACUUUUUGGAUCUAAAAGGAGAGAAAGUACAAUAAUUGUACAGUAAAGUAUAUAAACUCCAAUGUGCAUGUAUUUUGGGCGACACCAGAACAGUGUAAUGUUGCUAAAUGACCAUGUGACUUUUUACUCUUAAAAAGAUGAAUAAACAUUUCUUCAGAUUAAA